AUGAAAAACGGCAAGUUUGUGAUACCUGUGGACUGCAGUUUCAAGCCGAAAGGCUUCAACAGUCAUCAAAGAGCCUGCGAGCGACGUGCAAGAGAGUCUGAAGAAGAUGCAGAGCAAUGGGCUUCGAUCCCACAUGUACAAGCAGCUGCUGUGCCAGCCCUGUCUGUACAAGCUGCGCAUGGUGAUGCCUGGAUUGAGCAGGACUACAACCAUGAUCAUGAUAACGACCAUUAUAACACCGAUGUUGACAUGUCAUCAGAUCGCUCUGACUCAGAGCCUGACAUCGAUGUCCCUGGACCCGCUAUCAACGAUAUCCGCACUGAAUUUCACCCACAUGCGAGGAUCGCACCACGCAUCGAAGUGUUCACUGAUUUCACCCGACACCACAAUUACGAGCCACCCCACCCGGAACACCAGCCCUGGCUUCCAUUUUCAUGUCAACUUGACUUUGAGGUUGCCAAAUUGGCACACAAGGCCACACUCACCCAUGAGCAAACAACAUGCCUUAUCCGGUUGGUUCAACGCAGUAAGAGCGAAGUUUUCACACUUAAAAAUUAUGCCGAUGUCCGGAAUACUUGGGAAGCGGCGUCUCAUCAAUUGACACUGUUUGAAAAGGAUACUGUUGUGGUUCUGCUCGACGGUACAGACAAGGAAUACACAGUUUACUUUCGCCCCCUUUGGGAUUGGGUGAUUGAUAUUCUGCGACAUCCCAUCAUCGGCCCGCAUUGCGUUUUUGAUGCCCAACAGUUAUCAAAAUUUGAUGGAGACACGUUCAUCAGGUUCAUCAAUGAACCAUGGACGGCGGAUGCGUUCUGGGACUGCCAGUCUCAGAUACCUCCCGAUGCGAAACCAUUAGCAUUUAUUUUUCGCAAGAAAGGAUAUCCCGUAAUCGCUCGCCUAGCAAACCUUCCCAUCGCCAUCAGAAACAGAAGUGGGAUGGGUGGGGGCCGGGUGGUUGGGUGGCUCCCAUUGGUCAAAGAGGACCCGAAAUACAAAGGUACACCACAAUUUGCCAACUUCAAAGUAGCUGUAUGGCAUGCGUCCAUCGAGAAGGUUCUCGCAUCAAUUGUACCGCCUUCGAUAAGUGGCCAAUGGGCAAAUUGUUGGGACAAUAUUGCAAGGCUCUUCUAUACCCUGGUGUUGAUACUGUCCACAGACUACGAGGAGCAAGACGAAUUAGCUUCCAUCAUGCCUCAUAACUAUGCUCUUUGGACAAGCCAGGCAACAAACACCCUUUUGAUCGAGGCAAGGGCAGAGCACUGUAAGGGACGACAGGAGGCAAUACUUAAGAGUCAGUCAAUUCGUGAUGUUGAUAACGCAUUUCAUGACAUGAAUCUGAAGACUACUCACAUGCACCGUGCGCUAUGCUAUGACCGACUUCAUGCUGUCCUUCGGGGUCUCUUCAGGGAUCACAUGUGGCCAGAACUACAACUACUAAUUGGCCUUUUGGGACGCAACCCCACCAUGAAAAUUGACCAGAAUAAAUACGAAGAUAUUUUCAAGAGCUACGUACUAUCAAAUCAGCUGAUUACAUUCAUGGCUCAUGAUGUUCUUCCAAAUGCUGACGAAAGUAAAGUCGCUUACCUUCUCCUUCGAUGUAUCCGUGCAUACCUCGACAUGAACCUGUAUGCAGCACUUGAGGUACAGACCACAACAACGAUUGCGGGAGGACGAGAAGCCCUUGAAAAAUUCUCUGAGCUAAUGAAUAAAUAUAUCGAGAAGUCUCAAGCUAUACGGCCAGACAAGAACUGGUCAUUUCCGAAGAACCAUCUAGCUGCCCACCUAUUUGAUGACAUCGAGGCUAAGGGAGUGACUUGCAACUACAACACAAAGCCGAACGAGAAGUUUGUCAUUCUAUUUUCAAUAUCAUUGGUUCUAGUUUUAAUCUAUGGUCGAGUGGAUGAACUGGAUGCAUACAACACUCAGAUGGCCAAAGAUGAGGACAAUGAGAAUGACCCCGAUACUAAUGUCCCAUCCAACUUCCAUAUCAGAUUCAGAUCGAAGCAACCAAAAAAGUCUCUGGAGGCAAUUGAAACACAAUAUAUCAACAAUCCCUCCUUCAGACGAUUCUGCACAAAACUCAAUGCAUUUUUAAAUUCUUUGCCCGCUAUUACACAGCAGGCCCGGGUGAACAUGUUACCGUUGGAUGAACUGGUGUCUUUUUUGCAUGGCUCCUCUUGCUCUUUACAUCACAACCAAGAGAAACUGCUAUAUACUCUCGCUGGAGGUCCUCUGAUCGGAUCGGAUGACUGUGUGUUCGUCCUGCACUCAUUCACAUCUGUUUGGUGCAAUCUAGCAUCUUCACUCAUUUCUGUGUGCUUGUGCGUGCACGUCUAUGCCUAUUUCAACAUGUCUGCAUCUGGUGUCUUGCACGAUAGGAUCAACACCGAACUUGGAGGCGUCAAUUCGCUACCAAGGUUGGGUGCUUUGGAGAAGCUCACGAGCGCUCCAUUCAUUGUUAUAGGGCCAGGUGCCGAUGUGGGAUAUCCUGCACCUGGCACGGUCGACCAGUCCUCUGCGGCUUCUCUCAUCUAUUUGUUUGAUCGGUAUUAUGCUGCACACUGGCAGUCCAGGUAUGAGGCAAUGAUAUCAGUCCAGCACCACAUCAAGAGAAAAAUCGACAAGUUGCACUCGCUGGUUUACAAUCAUGGGAAAGAGGAAAUCAAGGACAUCACAGGUAAACACUGCGUGUGCUCAGGGCACCAUGUCCGAUUCUUCCUGAAGAACAGGAACAAAGCAGACAAGUCUAGGAACUGCCCUGCAGGAUUCAUCGCUGACCAGGGAGUGGACAAUCCCACAGUUUGGAUGGCCUCGCACCCUGUUCCAGGUGACAAGGGUGGCAUUAACUGA